AAGCGGUGACACUGCACAUGCGCCUACUGUGGAGUUUGCUGUUUACGAUCCUGCGUGUUGUAGUUUGAAUAUUAUCGUUUUAUUUGUGUUUAUCCGAUAAAAUACAUUUAAGGAAACGCUUCUUUUUAAAGCAGACACAGUUAUGGACCUUAGUGAACAGAUCACAGGACUUGAGAGUGACUUGAAAGAAGUGACGCGGCUCCUGGAGACGUGUGAAAGGAAGCGUGUGCAGGAUGUCCUCUCACAGGAGCAGAAAAAGAUUGAGAAAGAACUGGCUCAGAAACGGCAACAGAGGGAAGAGCAAGCAAAAAGAGACUCUAGAGACAAAGCAGAAACAACAGUCAAGGGGUACACUGUCAAAAUAAGCAAUUAUGGGUGGGACCAGUCAGAAAAAUUUGUAAAAGUCUACAUCACGUUAAAAGGAGUGCAUAAAAUCCCUGCUGACAAUGUCCAGGUCAGCUUUACAGACCGGUCUUUCAAUGUGCUUGUUCAAGAGUUGGAGGGAAAAAACUAUCAAAUGACAGUCAACAACCUCUUGUGGCCCAUUGUAGUUGAGGAGAGCAGUAGAAAGGUGAAAACAGACAUGGUACUUGUCAUGUGCAAAAAGAAGGCAACAAAGAAAUGGGAGUGCUUUACACAGGUGGAGAAACAGUCGAAGGAGAAAGACAAACCCAGCUAUGAUGAGAACGCAGAUCCUGGAGAGGGGCUGAUGAAUAUGCUGAAGAAGAUCUAUUCAGAGGGUGAUGAUGAAAUGAAGCGCACGAUCAACAAGGCCUGGGCAGAGUCACAGGAGAAGAAAGCCAGAGGAGAUGAAUUUGAUUUCUGAAUCUGUCUCCUAACUACUCGUGAGGUGUUAGUUCCUCACCUGCUUUCCAUUCCUGUAUAAUUACCUUUUUUUUAUUAUUAUUUAACAUUCUUUUGUUGGCAGUCAUGAUGGCUGAAAAUGCCUAUUUGAACAAAAGUCUGUAAAUUUGUUUGACUUUUCUGCAGGUGUUAUUCCCCUAUGCGUGUCAGAAAUAAUGUUUCAAAACAUCUGUUCCUGAAAUGUUAUAGGAAUGACAUGACAGGAAUGACUGCAUACAGUGACGAUGGAAAAUAAAAUGCCUACAAAGAG